GAAAAAAAAAAAAAAAAAACACCGGCGAAUUCGACAACGCGGAUUUAAAGAGCAGCGAAGAGACAUGUCGAGACGACCUCGCGGUCGGCUCGACGCGGAAUUAUCGCCUGGCGCCAGCUUGGCAUAAAACAGCCGGUGAUAAAGACGGAGCGAGAAGAGGAAACCCUUUGAGAGCGUAUGGCAGAAGGAGAGAGGUGCGGGGGCGAGGGUGCGAGCGAGAGGCGCAAAAUGGGAGCAACGAGAUAUGUGUUGGGUAGCGCGAUCUUAGGACUGUUUUGGAGCAGCUUACUCAAGGGCGUCCUGACCAACUCCACCAGCAGGUGCGACUAUCCCCCUUGUUCCUGCGACCACUACGGCCGGUUGACCUGCGACUGCAAGGAGGAGGGAGAGGAAUUGAUCCUGACCACAGAGGGGGAUAGACGGCUGAGUCCCCACACCAGCAGGAUAGUGGUGAGCAACUGCUCGUCCGUGAUACUCGCAAACUCAAGCCUGGCCUCGAUGGCCGGGCUACGUUCGGUGGAUCUGAUUAACGUGGCGAAUCUGACCUUGGCCAGACAAAGCUUCGAGCUGUCAUCGCACAGCACGCGCACGCGGAUCUCCGUGCGGAACAGCAGCAUCGACGUGAUGCCGAGCUUCGUGUUCCGCGGCGACGUCGAGGCGAUCGCGUUCGAGAAUGUGCGGAUCGGCCAGCUGAGUGCCUUCUCGUUCGCCAAUCUCAUCCACACGGACACUCUUCGACUGGAGAACUGCCGCAUCGAGACGACGGAGGCGCAAGCCUUCAAGAAAUUCGACGUCGGUUAUCUCCACGUGAUAGGUGGCAGUUUCGGCGAUCAGUUGCCGAGUCGUACCAUGAACGACAUCGAGGUCUACCACAAGUUUAUGCUGGACGGCGUGAAAAUGGGCACCGUGAGGAGCAACGCCUUUAUCGUGAGGAGCCCGCGAACAGUGGCGAUACAGAAUUGUGCGAUCGAGAGCCUGGAGAGCGAGGCGUUUGACGUGACGGCGCGCGGCGCCGUCAUCAUCAAGAACAACACUUUCGGCAGCAUUGGCAUGGGUGCUUUCCUGGGUAUUCGCGCGGAUCGCGAGAUUAGAUCACCUCCGUCAUCGUCAUCAUCAUCGUCAUCGUCGUCGUCUUCGUCAUCGUCGUCUUCGUCAUCGCUAGUCCAUGGCCUCAUCUUCAAGAAUAACAGCGUGAGUAGCUUCGAGGAGGGCUCGCUCAUGUUUGAUCGCGCGAGUUUUCGGCCAGAGCUCGAUAAUCUACUCAUCGCGCAGGCUUGUGACUGCCAAAUGUUGCCCGUGUGGAAGAAUAAUGUGCUCAAUUAUACGAGCGUUUACUCACGGUUCUACGUGAGACAAAAUUCGCUUGUGCCGCCUCCGCUGUCGCAGCCCCAGGAGCCCAUCAACGAGACUCCGGAGACCUUCCUAUGUCUGGACGGCGGACUGGACGGCGUACCAACGAGCUUCGUCGACUACGAGACGCGUCACUGCUCGCUCGGCGGUUCCAUGCUCGUUCUCAUUCUAAUUAUCGUAGGUGCCGUUCUCGCCCUGUUAGCGAGCGUGUGUCUCAUCGUCUGGUGCUGCCGAAGACGCCGGCGGAACAACAGGAAGAAGUGGAUCAGCGUGCCCACUAACGCACCCGACGUGGUCUCCAAGAAGAAUGGCGUGAUCGGCAGGGAAGCGGCAACGUCCGGCACGCCGGUCGACAGCAGGAUAACCAUGGUGGUGCCGGAUGGCAGGCUGUACCGGGAGACAGAGUUCCACGUGAUCGUCGAGAAGGCCGAGCCGCUUACGACCGAGUUGUAACGAGACGCCCCGGGCGGCUCGACAGCCAGGCCCGCGAUCGUCGCUCCCGUUGAAGAGGAACUCGAGUGGGUGGAAACGUCGAGUCGCUUUCGAGUAUAUAAGCUGUGAGAGACACUGCGUACAGCAAACGCCACAGUGAAGAACAGUGAUGUCUGGGAAAAAAGUUAGAUCGGUGUUCGAAGAAUAUGAAAAGGACCCUUUUCCGACAGAGGGAAAUUCUUCUCGGACUUAAAUCGCGCAUAUAGAUUGUGUAAAUCGUUGCUGCUUGGGGGAAUAAUAGAAUGCAAAGCGAAUGCCCACCCCCUUCCCUCUUCCCUCAUAUCAUGUUGUUCUUUUUUUUUUUAAUUAAAUCGAUUAUCUUUCCUCUAGUACAAUACAGUUCGUAAGCUUCCAUUUACAUAUCACGAGCGGUCGCCGAUUAUCCGCGUCGCGCGUUCUUUUCAUUCCUCGAACCGUCCUUUCUCUCGAAGGCGGUCACGUUCCUCCGCGGCGAUUAAAAAGUUUUUCAGAACGAGUCACGCGGAUUCGGGUGAUCGGUUACCGCUGCUAGUUAAGUUUAUCAUUAAACAACUUUGCAAGAGAGAGAGAAAAAGAGAGGGCCAGUAUCAUAGAAGACGAAGCGAUUAGAAAGCAGAAGAAAGAGAAUAAAAAGAAUAUAACUCGUGUAGAGAAAAUCCUAAACUCGCUGUCCUGCGUAAGAUACGCGAUUGGACCGACCUUUCGCAUUUCUCGUUGCUUUAAGUUCAUCGAUUGAUAACGAUUUAGCGCGCGAUUAUCGUAAAAUUACGUAUUAGUGAGCGUUGGAGUGAAAAUGACGGUAUCAAAGGACCAAAAAAUGGAAUAACCGCUUGUUCGGAUAGCUGUGCCAUUCCUGGAGUGAUAUUACACACGAUUCGUGUCCACUCCAUAGAAAUCCUGAUCUCUCAAAGGAGGAAGAAAGUGAACGGACGGAACUCUUCGCUACGUUUUCAUAUCAAAAUCGUUCCAAGACUAUUGUUUUAUAGAGAAGAUUGACAGUAAUGUAACAACGGAUGUUAACGGACAAAAAUAAACCGGCAAGAUUAAUUUAUCAAGAUAAGAAAUGUCCCAUAUCUUAUACCAGUGGCGGAUUUACAAGUUAAUCAUAUCGCUUCGUAAAUUAUAAUGUGUAUUUUUUUCUCUUAUAAAAAAAAUUUAUAUGUUAAUUAUUUAUAAUAAACUUACGUUAAUUAAACUUAUAUUUUUUGAAACAGAAUUUUUACCGCUUUGUUAAUGAUAAAUGUAAAUACUCGUUAUAUAUUUUUAAAUCAAACUUUUGUUGGGAAAAUUUCUAGGAAAAAUUAAAUAUUCGAUAUAAAUUUCGUAUAAAUGUUCGAAAAUGUAGAUCCGUCA